CGCAAAACCCUAACUUAGCUACUUGCGGCACUUCCAAACCCAGAGAGAGAGAGAGAGAGGGGAGAGAGAGAGAUGGCGGCAACUUCUUCAUCGGCAGUGGCAGCUGUAAGGCCUCUGGUGACUGUCCAGACCCUAGAAGGGGACAUGGCAACGGACGGCCCCAAUUCCUCCGUCCCUCUCCCGGCCGUUAUGACGGCUACCAUUCGCCCCGACGUCGUCAGCUUCGUCCACUCCAAUAUUUCCAAGAACCACCGUCAGCCCUACGCCGUCAGCAAGCGAGCCGGUCACCAGACCUCCGCCGAGUCCUGGGGCACCGGUCGUGCCGUCUCACGUAUCCCCCGUGUCCCUGGCGGUGGGACCCACCGAGCUGGCCAGGGAGCCUUCGGCAACAUGUGCCGUGGCGGCCGGAUGUUCGCCCCCACCAAGACAUGGCGCCGCUGGCACCGCAAGAUCAACGUCAACCAGAAGCGGUUCGCUGUCGUCUCCGCCCUGGCUGCAUCUGCCGUCCCGUCUCUUGUUCUCGCCCGCGGCCACCGCAUUGAAUCCGCCCCUGAGAUCCCACUUGUUGUUGGCGACUCGGUUGAGGGCGUUGAGAAGACCUCUGCCGCCAUCAAGAUCCUCAAGCAGGUCGGUGCUUUCCCUGACACCGAAAAGGCCAAGGACAGCCACUCCAUCCGUGCUGGCAAGGGCAAGAUGAGGAACCGUCGCUACGUCUCUCGCAGGGGUCCCCUCAUCGUCUAUGGAACUGAGGGAUCCAAGCUUGUCAAGGCCUUCCGCAACAUCCCGGGCGUUGACGUUGCCCACGUCGAUCGCCUCAAUCUCCUCAAGCUUGCUCCCGGUGGUCACCUUGGCCGAUUCAUCGUAUGGACCAGAUCCGCCUUUGAGAAGCUGGAUUUGGUCUAUGGGUCGUUCGAGAAGAUGUCUGAUAAGAAGAAGGGCUACAUUCUACCGCGGUCCAAGAUGGUGAAUGCUGAUCUUUCGAGGAUUAUCAAUUCGGAUGAGGUCCAGUCAGUGGUGCGGCCAAUCAAGAAGGAUGUCAAGAGGCCCCCACUCAAGAAGAACCCUCUGACGAACUUGAAUGUGCUCCUGAAGCUCAACCCAUAUGCGAAAACUGCGCGGAGGAUGGCCCUUCUGGCCGAGGCCCAGCGCGUGAAGGCCAAGAAGGAGAAGCUCGAUAAGAAGAGGAAGCAACUGCCCAAGGCCGAGGCAGCAGCUAUCAAAUCUGCUGGGAAAGCAUGGUAUCAAACGAUGAUUUCUGAUAGUGACUACACUGAGUUUGAGAACUUCUCCAAGUGGCUUGGUGUGAGCCAGUGAUACUCUCGCCUUUCUCUCUGCAUUUAGUUCCUUUCCUCUGCUUUGAAUUUUUGUUAGCUGCUUUUUUGCACUUUGGUUUGGUUUUCAGUUUCCCUUUUCUCUUUGGAUUGCAUUUUUAUAUCCUAAAACGAUGAAGCACUGAGAGAGUAGUAGACGUGAAUUUUGUGGUGAUUUAAGAAAGCUUGAAAUCUUAA